AGUGGUGCGUUUAUCUAUAUUAUUAUUUAGAACCGUUUAUACAUGAUAAAUUGCAAUUUCUAAAACUUGUGUUGAACAAAAUAUCAAUGUUUUUCAAAAUAGUAUUUAUCUCAUUUAGUAUAAUAUUUCUAAAAUUAGAUGCGAUUAAAUAUCCGAAUGAUUUCACUCCAGAUCUGUUGUCAGGAGAGUGCCCGAUAAAAUUUGAUUUUAUUGUUGUCGGCGGUGGUAGUGCCGGUUCGAUAAUUACUGCUCGUUUAAGUGAAAUAUCAGAAUGGAAUAUUUUACUAUUGGAAGCAGGCGGUGAUCCUCCAGAAUCAUCGGAAAUUCCACUCAAAUGGAGUUUGGCGUUAAAUACAGAAUACGAUUGGAAAUUUUUAACCGAAAAAGAAGAUAAUUUGUUUAAAGGUUUAGAUGGAGAAAGAUGUCAUGUACCCAGGGGAUGUAUGUUGGGUGGUAGUUCGUCCAUGAACGUAAUGCUACAAAUUCGUGGAACAAAAUUCGAUUUUGAUGAAUGGGAAAAAAUGGGUUGUACUGGUUGGGGUUUUGAUUCCAUACUGCCGUAUUUUAUAAAAUCUGAAAAUUUUACCGACUCAACUAGGUUUGAUCCAAAGAUUCAUGGUAAUUCCGGACCUCUUACUGUUAGUCCUUUCGAAGCCCCAGAUCCUGCUAUACAAACAAUAUCCCAAGCAGCAGACUUAAUGGGUUUGACGAAUAUUAAAGAUUUAAAUAAAAUAGAACGUUCAGUUGGAUACGCGAUGUCAGACAGCAUUACUCGGGAUGGACUGCGGUGCAGUACGCUGAAAGCUUUCUUAAUACCUAAUAGUGGACGACCAAAUUUAUUCGUAGCCAAACACAUCCGAGUCACCAAAAUUCUUAUCGAAAAUAAAAGCGCGAUUGGUGUAGAGUUUGUUACAAAAACAGGUGAGUUUAAGACCGUCAACUGUACACGAGAAGUCAUUCUAUCUGCCGGUGUAGUGAUGAGUCCUCAAUUGCUUAUGAUUUCUGGAAUUGGGCCAGCAGAUCACUUGAAAGAGAUGUGCGUUGACGUAGUAGCUGAUCUCCCCGUCGGCCUUAACUAUCAAGAUCACGUCGCUUUUUUUGGACUUGUUCUCAGUGACCGCAAAGAUAGACCAAUCGCAGAAAUUGCGGCGGAAAGUCAAAAACUUAGAAAGGAAACAUUUGAUUUAAUUCCCAAAGGUAUUAGUACAAUGGGACUGACGGGACUUCUCAGUUUUGUCGAUACAAAACGCGCGUCCGGAAAUCCUGACAUCGAGAUUAUGAAAAUUAGAUACUCAUUCAAUACGACACAACAGUUAAACACAUUCAAAAAUAUGUUUGGAUUUUCCGACAAAAUGGCGAAUGUGUACAACGAUUUGAAUAUGAAAAGCGACAUAAUACUUAUGAUACCGAUUAGUAACGUAAUAACUAAAACAGGACAUGUUUUACUAAGAUCGAAAGACCCUUUGGCAACCCCGAAAAUAAUCGCGAACUAUUUAUCUGACGAGGAAGAAAUCGAUACGAUGAUUAGAGGUAUUGAGUUCGUAGUAGAAAUGUGCAAAACAAAACCAAUGACUGACGCGGGAUACGUAUUUGAGGAAAUAGAAUUUCCGAAUUGCGAAGCGAAUUGCAAGUGGGGCACCAGAGAUUACUGGAAAUGCGGUAUUAAAAAUCUAGCUACCUCAAUUUUCCAUUCAGUUGGUACAUGCAAGAUGGGUGCAAUCAGCGACAAGACCUCAGUGGUCGAUCCUUCUUUUAAAGUAAUUGGUAUUGAUAGACUUAGAGUGAUUGACUGUUCAGCAAUGCCAUCGUUAGUGUCUUGCAACACUAACGCCGCCACAAUGAUGAUGGCUGAAAAAGGAGCUGAUUUAAUUAAAGCCCAGUAUGGGAAAUAAGGUUAUAACUUUUUAUAUUUUAAUAACAAUGUAUUAUGAGUUUUGAGAUAUAUAUUUUUUUUUACGUUAA